AUGGAGAAAUUUUCAGUGUCCGCAAUCCUGCUUCUUGUGGCCAUCUCUGGUACUCUGGCCAAAGACACCACAGUCAAACCUGGAGCCAAAAAGGACCCAAAGGACUCUCGGCCCAAGCUACCCCAGACCCUGUCCAGAGGUUGGGGCGAUCAGCUCAUCUGGACUCAGACAUAUGAAGAAGCCUUAUACAAAUCCAAGACAAGCAACAGACCCUUGAUGGUCAUUCAUCACUUGGACGAAUGCCCACACAGUCAAGCUUUAAAGAAAGUGUUUGCUGAAAAUAAAGAAAUCCAGAAAUUGGCAGAGCAGUUUGUUCUCCUCAACUUGGUCUAUGAAACAACCGACAAGCACCUUUCUCCUGACGGCCAGUACGUCCCCAGAAUUUUGUUUGUAGACCCGUCCCUGACGGUGAGGGCAGACAUCACUGGAAGAUACUCAAACCGUCUCUAUGCUUAUGAACCUUCUGACACGGCUCUGUUGCACGACAACAUGAAGAAAGCUCUCAAGCUGCUAAAGACAGAACUGUAG